CCGACGGACGCGGAGCCUUCCACUGACUCUCUGGCCUUUCGAGGGUCUACUCGCGUCUCUUUAGUGCUGUCAAAGAUGCGUGCAAUUUCCCUCGACCACUGUCCUCUAAGGGGGACGCGCAGCGGUCCCAGGCCACGAGCACCCAGGUGUCUACUCAAGACCAAUCAAUGGCGAGGUAGGGUCUGAAACACUAAGUCUCGAGGUUGGCGACUGCCACCGCUCCGGUGCGAGUGCAUAGCAGAAGUACUUUACUCGCUCGUUCCCUUAUGAAGAUACCACUACUUUCACCGUUAUCGAACUGCUUCAACUUCCAAGAUGUAUCAUUCACUCAUUUUCAGCUUCAUUGCGCUGUUGAGCCUCGGUCGGGCGCAGGUCGCUUGUGACCUCCGACUGCUAUAUACUCGCCUUGUAGCGGAUGUAGAACUUGCAGAUGCGUUUUGCACCGAGUUUCUGGAAGGCAGCAUGAUUUCGCGAGAUUUCACGCAUCAAUUUGGGCCGGAUUGCGAGACAUAUCAAGCAGAGUUGAGCAUAGGAUGUUCAAUAUUUACUGCUGCGAAGCAGAUCUUCCAGCCGACCACAUCUGCGAUUGCAGUGGCCAUGUCUGAGACGGCCACUACUGCCGACCUUUGCGCCCACUCAGUAGCGACCGUGACUGUCACUCAAUUUCAAAGCCAAGCGCGCUCAGUCGAGACCACCUCCGUUUCACCACAUGCCCUGACUCCUCAUGUGCAUCAAAUUCCUCUCGGUAUGGACAUGGCAGACUCCGAAGACCACGCAGCUAGGGACUCUAGCACCUUAACAUCUAUCACGACAAGCACCUUUUCCAGUAUGACCACUCCAUCACUCUACAGACCUCUCUCUUCGAGCCUGUCGACGACAAUGAGCACUGUCUACCGGACCCCGAUAUCUACAUUGGCAACGCCGUUGUCGACCUCGACGGGCAGAUACAUCCCAGCAGCUUUGCCUUCAGCCAUUGACCGCCACGUCUUCAGCCCGUUGGGCGAUUUGUCCAUCCAGGAGUCUUCUUCUUCGAUUACGGGCGCGGUGACUGUCAACGAAUUCCAUGACUCAGACUCAGAGGUUGUCACUCCUUUCACUAUGGUCUCCUUUCCUGGGGAAGCCGCAAAUACGUGCGUUCACUUAACAGGUUCAUGGACACCGGUUCAUACCAAUGUGGUCUACGAGUGUGUUUCCAGAACCCGGGCUCCGGGGCUCAACCCUCAGAACCAUCCCAGCGCAUUCACUGGGCUUAGUUUCACCACUGAGGAUGGCUCUUCCUCGAUCGCCAAUAGUCGUCCUUUUGGCCCAGGGCCUGAAGGUGAUUACGAGGAGUUGAGCUUAGAUUUGUUUGUUUCAGAGGAUCAUACUUACACCGUGGACUUCUGGGCAUGUGGUCCAGGAGCGUCUCUGGCGAUUGGAGAACUGAGUUGUACGUACUAUGGCUAAGCCAAUCCGAUUCUAUCGGUUGAUGAACUGGCUUCAAGGCGGAGAAGUGUCCCUUGUCGUCACAAGACAAAGGGAGAGAAUGCCUCAAAGAGGUCUUGGUGGACCAGUACCGAAGAACGAUUGGUCUCCAGGGAGGAUUCAGGCUCCAGCUUGUAUAUGGUGAAUCUUUGGCACAUAUCAUGAUUAAUGACGAGAGACCAUGUUAAUGAAGAGUUGCAGGGCUGGUGCUCGUCGACCCAAGGAGGACCUUGCCAGAGGGACGCCCCAGACUACAGACUUACCUAUGAAUAUUUGCGACAAUGCCAAUGAGAGGAUGUCAAGACCUUGAGGAUUGGCGAUUCUCCUUCUUCCGGCUCGCCUGGUUGGAGUUUAUGACCCUAGUCUGCCUGGCUGGUCUAGUGUUUCAGCCCGAUCACGAUCCUGAUCUUUCAACAACAUUCUCUUUUUCUACCUUGUUUGCCGCGCACCUUCCAGGAUCGUUUUCUGGAUCUCACGUCUCGGCGUGUUUGUACAUCAUCUGUCAAUAAUUCAAUUCUUUCAUCACUUUGAUUUCCU